GAAAAUCUAAUAAAUAUAUCCAUAUAUAAAUCAGAACUGUUGAAGUAUCCAUGUAGCAUAGAGUUAAUUAAACAAUUUAAAUAUCAAAGAAUAUUUUAUGUCUGUAAAUAUUCUUUGAAAAAGAGGUCUCGUUCAACGGGAUUAAGGAAGACAUCUAGCUUCCGUAAAGAGUGUACAUUCAACUUUACGGUUAUAUACAAGUUAGAUCCUAUCGUUGGGCCUCAUUUAGUCAUCGUGAAAUUUAUGGAAGAACAUAAAAAUCAUGAUCUAAAUAAAAACAUAUAUAUGCUCCUACCUUAACAAAGAAAGUUGUCUCCAAUCAAAAAACAGAUUGUCGAGCAAGCUCUAACCUUCAAGGCAAACAAAGUUAAAAUUCAGGAUUAUAUUCUGAAGACAGGACAAAUGGUGAUGCUGAGAGACAUUCACAAUCUUUCAGCAAACCUAAACAAACCAUCUACCAACAUGUUGAUCGAUGUGGUCAAUCAAUUAAGAGAGGACAAAGAUGCCAUUGUAGAAAUUCACGAAGAAAACAAUGAGCUGAUGGGCAUCUUUUAUCAGGACAUAGCUAUGCGACAUUUUGUAAAAUGCUAUCCCGAGGUCCUGUUUAUAGAUGCAACCUAUAAACUGAAUAAUCUUGGCAUGCCUUUAUUUAUCUUAAUGGUAAUUGAUGGAGAUGGUCAAUCACAAAUAGCAGCUUUGUGGUUAGUUAAAGGAGAAACAUACAAAUGUGUAAAAACAAUGUGUGAUAUUUUUGGGAGAUAUAAUAUCAAAGAUAAUAUUCAAGUGAUAAUAGGAGACAAAGAUUUUGCAGACAGGCAGGCGUUGUAUGAAAGUUUUCCAAAGGCAGAAAUACACAUUUGUAUUUUCCAUGUUAUGCGAAGUUUUAAACGAGAGAUCAGUACUGGUAAGCGUGAUAUAGCAGAGCAAGAUGUAAAGCUGGUUCUUGAUAUUCUACAGAGUUUAGUAUAUGCUCAAUCACAGGAGCAUUAUGAUUUACUUUAUUUAAAACUUGUGAAUUUAAAUCUUCCAAAAGUUAUGGCAUAUUAUAAUAAUAAUUGGCAUAAUAUAAAAAACGAGUGGGUUAUUGGGCUAAGAUCAUGUGUUCCACAUUUUUUUAACUCUACAAAUAACCGAGUUGAGUCAAUGAAUCAAAAGUUCAAAGCGGUAAUAACAAAAUUUUCAACCCUCAAAGGGCUAUUUAAGGAUGUAAUUUCUAUAGUUAACUCAAUGGCAUUUGAAAAAGAUUAUAGAAGCAUUAUGAGCAAUGAAAAAAGCUCAUUAUUUCCUUAUAGUCUUUUAUCAGCUGAGAGCAAAUAUAGAAAUUUGCUGACCUAUGCCUUUAAAAAUAUACUCAAUGAAAUAAAUCUUAGUAAUUCAAUCAGCAUACCGGUAUUAGCCAAUGACAUGUUCACAGCCAUAAAAAUCAAUGAUUUAGGUAAUAUAAGUGCUCUUGUGGUUAUCUUACCACAAUGCUUUUACCAUGCCGCCAUCUAAUGGCAUUUAAUUUUUCAAUUUUGUAAAAUCAGCCAUUGUUAAAAUGUCAAUAUAUUAAAUUUACUUUAUGGGGCAAGGGAAUAUUAUUUAAAAAAAAAAUAAUAUAAAUUAAGUUUACUAUUAAUCAGAGAAUGAAUAUCUAUGCUUUCAUCUGAUGGUAUGAGGAAGAAUAAUUUUCCAUCACUAAAACAAUCAUCCAUUUUUUCAACUUGGUCAAAUACAAAGUCAAAAUUGUCUUGGGGUAGAUUAGAUAUAUAAGCAGCUUUUGGUACAAAUGAUUUUAAGAUCUUGUUAUAUUUUUGCUGCUGUGAUAAUUUUUUUUUGUAUUCAUACAUACUAACGAUGUAAUUGAUAUGUCUGUAGUAUACGUUUGAGGUUGUUCAAGACUGCAUUUCUUUGAAUAAUUCCUAGUCCAUCUCACAUUACAAAGUUCAGGAUAGUAUUUAUCCAUAUUAUAUGCAGCCCUUAAUGCCAUUAGAUGGCGGCAUGGUAAAAGCAUUGUGGUAAGAUAACCACAAGAGCACUUAUCCAUAGAUACAUUGUAAAUAUUACCUAAAUCAUUGAUUUUUAUGGCUGUGAACAUGUCAUUGGCUAAUACCGGUAUGCUGAUUGAAUUACUAAGAUUUAUUUCAUUGAGUAUAUUUUUAAAGGCAUAGGUCAGCAAAUUUCUAUAUUUGCUCUCAGCUGAUAAAAGACUAUAAGGAAAUAAUGAGCUUUUUUCAUUGUUCAUAAUGCUUCUAUAAUCUUUUUCAAAUGCCAUUGAGUUAACUAUAGAAAUUACAUCCUUAAAUAGCCCUUUGAGGGUUGAAAAUUUUGUUAUUACCGCUUUGAACUUUUGAUUCAUUGACUCAACUCGGUUAUUUGUCGAGUUAAAAAAAUGUGGAACACAUGAUCUUAGCCCAAUAACCCACUCGUUUUUUAUAUUAUGCCAAUUAUUAUUAUAAUAUGCCAUAACUUUUGGAAGAUUUAAAUUCACAAGUUUUAAAUAAAGUAAAUCAUAAUGCUCCUGUGAUUGAGCAUAUACUAAACUCUGUAGAAUAUCAAGAACCAGCUUUACAUCUUGCUCUGCUAUAUCACGCUUACCAGUACUGAUCUCUCGUUUAAAACUUCGCAUAACAUGGAAAAUACAAAUGUGUAUUUCUGCCUUUGGAAAACUUUCAUACAACGCCUGCCUGUCUGCAAAAUCUUUGUCUCCUAUUAUCACUUGAAUAGUAUCUUUGAUAUUAUAUCUCCCAAAAAUAUCACACAUUGUUUUUACACAUUUGUAUGUUUCUCCUUUAACUAACCACAAAGCUGCUAUUUGUGAUUGACCAUCUCCAUCAAUUACCAUUAAGAUAAAUAAAGGCAUGCCAAGAUUAUUCAGUUUAUAGGUUGCAUCUAUAAACAGGACCUCGGGAUAGCAUUUUACAAAAUGUCGCAUAGCUAUGUCCUGAUAAAAGAUGCCCAUCAGCUCAUUGUUUUCUUCGUGAAUUUCUACAAUGGCAUCUUUGUCCUCUCUUAAUUGAUUGACCACAUCGAUCAACAUGUUGGUAGAUGGUUUGUUUAGGUUUGCUGAAAGAUUGUGAAUGUCUCUCAGCAUCACCAUUUGUCCUGUCUUCAGAAUAUAAUCCUGAAUUUUAACUUUGUUUGCCUUGAAGGUUAGAGCUUGCUCGACAAUCUGUUUUUUGAUUGGAGACAACUUUCUUUGUUAAGGUAGGAGCAUAUAUAUGUUUUUAUCUAGAUAAUAUAAAAUAUUAAUAUUAAAAUAUAAUAUUUUUCCUACUUAGAUCAUGAUUUUUAUGUUCUUCCAUAAAUUUCACGAUGACUAAAUGAGGCCCAACGAUAGGAUCUAACUUGUAUAUAACCGUAAAGUUGAAUGUACACUCUUUACGGAAGCUAGAUGUCUUCCUUAAUCCCGUUGAACGAGACCUCUUUUUCAAAGAAUAUUUACAGACAUAAAAUAUUCUUUGAUAUUUAAAUUGUUUAAUUAACUCUAUGCUACAUGGAUACUUCAACAGUUCUGAUUUAUAUAUGGAUAUAUUUAUUAGAUUUUCCUUUUCAUAUAUAUCUAUUGACUUUUUUAAAGUGUCAAUAGAAUUAAA